AUGGUGAUCGCAAGCGCUCCCUGGCGGGAGCGGGGAUGGGGGGCGGGCAACAGCCUAGUCAAGUGCCCACGACUCCCUCGAGGCUCUGGUUGCUAUGGUGACGGCUCGGGCACGCCGCAGUGGGAUUGCUUCCGCUCCGGGCCCCGCCCAGACCCAGCCCCCGACGUCCAGGAUUGGUCAGAUGCUCUCCGGUCGCGCGUGGUCAUCGUUGCCAUGGUGAUUGCCGCAGCGAACCGAGCCGGACCAGGCUGCGCUGAACCCGAAUCCUCCGCUGCUGCUGCCAAACUCUCCGGAAGGAUGAGGGCCUCCCUGCCGCCUCUGGGGCCCCCUGUGAGCCGGGACCGCAUCAUCGCCAGCUUCCCUAAGUGGUACACGCCCGACGCCUGCCUGCAGCUCAAGGAGCACUUCCACGGGCAGGUCAGCGCCGCCUGCCAGCGCAGGAACACGGGGACCGUCGGGCUCAGCCUCUCCAAGGCCGUUGUCGUCGGCGACCUCCACGUGGGGAAGACCAGCCUCAUCCACAGGUUUUGCAAGAACGUUUUUGACCAUGACUACAAGGCCACCAUCGGGGUGGACUUCGAAAUCGAGCGCUUUGAGAUUGCUGGGAUCCCCUACAGCCUCCAGAUCUGGGACACAGCAGGGCAAGAGAAGUUCAAGUGCAUCGCAUCUGCCUACUACCGGGGCGCCCAGGUGAUCAUCACGGCCUUUGACCUCACGGAUGUGCAGACCCUGGAACACACCAGGCGAGUCUGGGCUCAGAAACCCACCUGGAAGGGCUCCCCAGUUGGGCCCCCUGAGCUGGGCCCCAGUGGCAGGUGCGAGGGAGCAGCUCGCUGGUCAGGCCCUUGUUCUCCCUCAAGAUUUGCACCAACGCUGACGUGCUCAGGGGCCUGCGCCUGCUUCCACGCUCGGCUGUUGCCAUCUGGAAGCCUUCGUGUGGGACGAAGGGCCUCGCAGGGUCAUGUCCCUGGGCCUGCAAACUCCAUGGCCAGUCCUGUCGGAGGGACAUGCCUGGCACCUCUGUCUGGUACAGGGAUCUGGUCCAGAGCUGCCCACACGACCGGCUCCUGGAGGCCUUCCUGCUUCUGCCGGAAUCCCCGGCUCAUGGACCCGGCCCCCUUCCCCUCCCACGUGUGGGUGCUCACAUCUCGCAUCUCCAAACCCUGGGGGGCCGGGGUGACCGUCCCAGCUCAUGACAGUGCAGGAUCACCCCAGCUGCCGCAGCCAGGGCAGAGCCAUGGCCAAGACUGGGUCUCCACCGCCCCUGGCCAGUGCUCCUGGGCCCCCCCCCAACCCCACCCCGUGGUCCAGCCAGGCCCUUCCGGCCUCGGCCCAGCCCUUCUCAUCCAGCGUGGGGAUGGAGGGAAGCCCCUCCGAGACCCAGGGGAGCGAGAGGCCCUCCGGCCUGGGCUGCUGUUAGCUGGGGUCUGUGUCCGAGGCCUCCACUCCCGACACGCGUGGGCAGCGCCAUCUGAGACUGCGGAGGGGGCCCGUGGAGCCUGA